AUGAGUUUUGAUAGUUUAUCAAUUGAUUUCGAACAUCAAGAAAUGAUUUGUAAGAAAUACUUGAGAGAUUCGAAAGUAAGACUUGCACUCCAUCAUGGUGUAAUGGGUAUGAAACCAAUACAAGCUAAGUUAAUUGUAGGAGCAGCAACGUUAAUUAUUAUUUCUGUUUUCCCUGUUUUCAUUGGUUUCUAUGUUUAUUUCAUGCAACAUGUUGAAUGGAGAAAAGGAUCUUAUUAUGAUAUUCGUUCACAAGUUUAUUCUCUUUUCUUCACUCAUUACGCUAAUUUCUAUAUAUUGAUGGGCUGGGCAAAAACUGUUAAUAGAUAUGAUGAUUCAACAGCUAUUCUUGGUAAUAUAACUAUUGAUGAAAAAACAACAAAACCUGUUGUUAAUGAUUAA